AUCUCGGAAGCAUGAACACACUGCGGAAAGUCGUCCUGCUCGCCAUUGUUAAGAUCGCGCUGACGGAAUCCCCCGCAUCGCCGAGGUUGUCUUGCACGGCGAUCGGGAACCACAGCGUACCGGGGAGCUGCACGGCCUACCUGGAGUGCGCGGAGGGCGGUGACGGAACCCCGAGGCCCAAGUCGUGUGGAUUCCGUCAGGCAUAUUCCCCGCUCCUUGGGCGCUGCGUCGAGGAAACGCUCGUGAAGGGUUGCAAUGUGACGUUAAGGUUGUCCGAUCGAAAGCAGAUCCGCGUGCCUUCCCUGGACCCCGUCUGCGCGGACGCUCCCAACCAGUACCUUUGCGCCAAUUGCAAAACGCUGGUGAACUGUAUCAACGGCAAGGCAUUUCCCUCGGUGUGUGGAAGCGGCGACUUCUGCUACAGCGACAACGAGUCCUUCGGCAGCAGCGUCUGUUACCCUGGGCUCCCAAGGUCCUGCGUGUGUGACGAGCGGGAAGUAUUCUACCAGGACACUUACGACAGAGGGGCGUUUUUCCUUUGUGAUAAGUACGGGGAGACGCACCUCCACCGAUGCCCGGAGGGACAGGUUUUCGACGAGGAGGAAGUGCAGUGCAAGAGCGCGUCGGGUCUGCCUGCCUGCGUGACUCCGGGGAAGUUUGCUGUGCUCGAGGACUGCCGGAGGUACUAUGCCUGCAUCGUCACUGAGGAGGGGUGGCUGCAGCACGCGUUCACCUGCCCGCAGAGCAACGGCCCUUCCAUGUACAACGAGGAAUCGGGGCGGUGCGAGGACCCCUGCAACUGGCGCCUCCCCGACUUCGUUUGCGAGGACGAAGGUAGAUUCGCAGACCCGAUGGACUGCCGGAGAUUCUUCGUAUGUACGUUGGACGCGGAGUCGGGCGAUUUCCGACAGGUGUCCCGACAGUGCCCCGAAGGAUACGAGUGGGAGCAAGUCGUGAGGGAUGGCACGGGUCGGUGCGUCCCCAUGAGCUCCGAAGAGUGCAAACCGAACUACGUCACACAGUGCCACAUACCUCAGAAUCUCUGCGCCUAAGAAUGUAUUUCAUGAUCUAUUUAUCUUUAUAUUAAUUAAU